AUGAACAACAGACACGGCUUGCCACCCCGACCCAGCUUCUCCGCUACUCCUCAAGCAGGUCCAUCCCAACCUCGUCCGCCAGCUCCAAAUCAACGCAGAGGUCGUCCUCAGCAGAGCCAGCAACAACAUCAGCAAUAUCAAGCUGUACCAAAUCCAUCAUUAUCUCACAACCCUUAUGCAAAUCAGGCAUCGUAUACAGGUGGAUAUCCGCAAUAUGGACUUCCUCAACCUCCUUCCUAUGGAAUGAUGGGAAGUAGCGGAGGGUAUCAGCAGCCGAAUAUCUCAGGUGGUUAUCCUUCUUUCUUCCCUUCUCAACCUACCUAUCCUCAAUUCUCUCAACAUCCUCAGUAUCCCAAUCAAUUAUCUGCUCAAGCGUUAUUCCACCAACCACCUCAACCACAGGUCAAUUCCGGUGGUUAUUCCUAUUCGUCUACCUCUGCUCAAUCGCAACCUCCUGCCAAACGACAGCGUCCGAACUCGAACCCGCAAACUAGCGCAGUUAUAGAUCCAUCCGGAGCUGGGCCUGGUAGUGGUAGUGGUAGUGGUAGUGGUAGUGGAAGCGGGAGUAUAGGAACAUGGAGGAACUGUUCUCAUCCCGGUUGUAAAUUCGUCGGACCUUCUGAGAAAGUCCAGAUUCACGAAGAAGAUAGACACCUAAUAUUUGUUAAUGGCAAGAUGCCAGAGAGGAGUGAAGAGGAAGAGAGAUAUGCUAAGAGGAAAGGUCCACCACCGCCUAUUCAAGGUACGAAUAUCACGCUCAAUACGCCCGAGGAGAUUGAGAAGUGGAUAGCGGAGAGAAAAGCUAAAUGGCCAAGUGCGAAACGUAUACAAGAGAAGGAAGAAGAAAGGGCUGCGGCUAUUGCUCGAGGGGAGAUUCCCGCACGAGGUAAACGGAAGAAGAUGGACGCUGCUUCUCUAGCUGAAGAAUGGGGCAGACCCGCAAAUGUCGAAGACCAAUCUGGUGGCGAAAGGACAAGAAGGGGAAGAGGUAGAGGUAUAGAUAUAGAUAGAGGAUCGAGAGGCAGAGGACGAGGAAGAGGUAGGGGUGGGAAUGUCGGACAUACGAUAACAGAAACUGGUGAUCAAGGUUGGAGUCAAAUCACUACUUUGCCUUCUAUCAAACCAAAAAGCUCUCCAUCAAGUGUUAAGCCAAGUAUUAAUGCUCUAUCAGCUUUAGAGGGGUAUGAUACACCUACUUCAUCAAGUAAAUCGAUCGAUUCAAGCUCGGAUCCAGAUUCAGAUAGCGACGGUAGCAGUGGUCGUAGUACCACUUCAAGUGAAUCGUCUUCUGAAAAUGACUCAUCGGAAGAUGAAUCGAUUUCGAAAGACGAAAACAAAGCUUCUUCAAUCAAAGGUGAAGGGCAAGCACCAGUGACAGCCAAGGGACAGAGAGAGAUAUGUAAAUAUUUCAGGAGGAAUGGGAAUUGUAAAUUCGGUAAUAAAUGUAGGAAUUCACAUAUAAUCGAUGAGGAUGAACACUCGAUCGAAGUCAGAUCUAACCUACAGCCUCGACAACCCCACCCUCAAUCUACAAAUAAUAAGAAACAGAACCAUUUCGCUAGACCAAGCAUGCUAGGAUCGCUACUGUCCAACCCCAUCCAAAACACCAUCUCUCAACUGUCCCAGACCAUUCGAUUCCUAGUAGCCAAUAAUAUGUUGGAAGGAGUCGAGCUGAAUCCUGGUGAUGCCCAAGCGCAAGAAGAUGAGAAGAAUAAGAUUACAGAACUUGAAGAAACAUUAUAG